AGUUGCAGCAAAGGAAGGGCAGUGUGAAGAAAACUAUAUAAGAAAGCUUCACUGUGCAAUCCUGCUGAGGUUCUCUUCUUUCCUCUUCUUGCUUCUCCCAAUUUCUCUUUCAGGUAGCCCUUUUUCUGGUCUCGUUUCCCAUCAAGCUCAGUCUCUUCUUUCUUCAACAGCUUGGGUGCAUGUGGUUGCCAUUUUUGUGAUCGUCUAUAGGCUAAAUACCAAUAUCUUGUGUCUUUCCAUUUUCCAGAUCACUAUACAGGAGCUUCUAUAUCUCAUCUUUGUAGUUUCUCCUAAUCUUCUAUAGUUUCUUCCUCCUUCUACCACCACCAUGGGAGGCACCAUGGACUACCUCUCCAGCUUGCUUGGCAGUGGCCACAAGUACAGGAAGAGGAAGCAGUUUCAGACUGUUGAACUGAAGGUGAGGAUGGACUGUGACGGCUGUGAGCUGAAAGUUAGAAAUGCACUGUCUUCCAUGAAAGGAGUUCAAUCAGUGGAAAUCAACAGAAAGCAGUACAAGGUGACUGUAACGGGGUAUGUUGAGCCACACAAGGUACUCAAGAAAGUUCAAUCCACAGGGAAGAAGGCUGAGAUCUGGCCUUACGUUCCUUACAACCUGGUUGCCCACCCGUACGCUGCCCAAACCUAUGACAAGAAGGCACCCCCUGGGUAUGUCAGGAACGUGGAGGUCAUCAAAGUCUCCAGCCAAGCUGUGAGGCCAGAGGACCAGUUCACAACCUUGUUCAGUGAUGACAACCCAAAUGCCUGCUCUAUCAUGUGAACAUAUCAAAGAGACCACUGUUCUUUCUUUUCUACCAUUGUUCUAUGUCUGCAAAGUUGCUUCUGUGCUUUGUUGCGGAACAGCUGCAUGUUGUAAUUUCUUGUCCUUUGUCUUUGAGUGCAGAGUUUGCAGUUUCCUUUCUUCCA